AUGGCGAGAAAAAUCACAACGCAAGUGAUCCUGCAGCAUAAUAAGCUGGAUGAUGUGUGGAUUGUUGUCGACGGAGAGGUGUACGACAUGACUGAAUUCGCACCUGAGCAUCCUGGAGGAGCGGAGAUUAUACACAAGUUUGCCGGAAAGGACGCCACAGAAGAGUAUGGCCGAGUACAUUCGCCCUCAUUGAUCAGAGAGACACUUGGAGCGCAAGGCCAUAUUGGAUCGUUGGAUACGUCAACAAUAACGGAGGAGUGGAAAGCAGCCAAUGAGUCCACAGACCGGUCUAUCACAGCAACUUCAAGAGAGAAGCCGGCUCUGGAUGAAAUCUUCAACAUGGAUGACUUCGAAAAAGCGGCACAGCUGACGCUGUCAAAGAAGUCAUGGGCGUACAUCAAGGGAGGCUCCAACGACAACAUCACGCGAGAUGCCAAUAGCUCCAUGCUGCGAAAGAUCUGGUUGCGCCCAAGGGUAAUGCGCAACGUUGGAAGUGUCACGGCGCGGACGAGCUUGUUCGGAUGCGAUCUUGAGAUGCCAGUCUUCAUCUCGCCUACGGGGGCUGCGAAAGCUGGCGGCGCCGAGGGCGAGCUGACUCUGGCUCGAGGAGCUGGUGCGGCGGGCAUUGUGCAUUGUUUCGCGACCCCAUCGUCCUACACUCACCUGGAAAUUCUGCAGGAGACGAAGCGCCACGCCUUCUUCCAGCUGUACGUCAACAAAGACCGGUCCAAGUCCGAGGCCAUCGUCCGCACGAUCGAGGCCACCGGCAAAGUGAAGGCCAUUCUGGUGACUGUGGACGUCCCCGUUAUUCCCAAGAGGGAGGAUGACGAGCGCGUAAAGUCAAACGAACAGCUGCAGAUAGCCGGCAUCGGGCUCAGUCCCGAGGCUGUCAAGGAGGACAAACGAGGAGCCGGUCUUGCGCGUCAAGUGUCGUCCUUUAUCGAUCCGACAUUCACUUGGGACGACCUGAAAUGGCUGAGAAGCAUCACGGAGAUUCCGAUCGUCGUCAAGGGUAUUCAAUGCGCAGCUGAUGCCAUCCUGGCUGCGAAAAUGGGGGCUCAAGGCAUCGUCAUCAGUAACCAUGGCGGCCGAGCUGCCGAUACUGCGCCGCCAACAAUUCUUGUCUUGUUGGAGCUGCAGAAACAGUGUCCCGAGAUAUUCAGCCAGCUUGAGGUUCUGAUCGACGGAGGCUUUCGGCGAGGAUCGGAUAUUGUCAAGGCCAUCUGUUUGGGCGCAUCUGCCGUUGGACUUGGCAGGCCAUUUCUCUACUCCCUGGGCUAUGGCCAGGAGGGAGUAGAGCGCGUCGCUUGGAUUUUAAAGGACGAAAUCGAAACGGCUAUGCGCUUGUGUGGCAUGACGGAUCUGAUGAGAGAUGCGCACCCGGAUUUUGUCAAUACGAGCAGCCUUGACUUUAUGGUGCCUGGACUGAAGCAUCCUUACGCACGCAAGGUAAACAAGUCAACUGGAUGGCUGAGCUCACUGAGAGCCAAAUUGUAA